AUGUUCUUUUUAAUAAAGCCCUCCUUUGUCACGUCCGUUUCUGAAACCUCGUCUCCUAUCAAUGGUGUUGUCGUUGAUGAUUUGUCUUUAACAAACGCACCUUCAACAACUGAGGUCAAAAAGAUUGUACUGUUGAAACGAAAUCCAAACAUUAACAACAAUACGAUUAAUAACAACAAUAUGAACAGUAGUCCUACGAAUAAUGCAGGAUCUAGUAAUGUUGUUCAAUCGUAUGAAUUAUUAUUACCAAACCCCAAUAGGUCUGAAACAUCAUCGCCAAGCCUUGACAUGGAACUGACACCAGAGCAAGCUGCGCAUCUUGGUGAAAUCGAUUUUAAUACGGGUCUUGAUGGAUUCUUAUUGGCCGCCCUUAAAAAUCCAAAAGAUAGACUAUUUCUCUUAAAAUUGGAUCGAGAAAUGGAACGGUUUAUAAAAGAAAAAAAUCGCACGCGAUUAGAAUUUCCACCUAUGAAUUCCUAUCAAAGACUUAUUGUUCAUCGUGUUGCACAAUAUUUUAAAUUAUCACAUGUGGUGGAUACAAGCGGAAAGGCUGUGGUUUUAUACAAGUCCGCAGAAACUCAAAUGCCUAUUCUCAGAUUUUCUGAUCUUCUUGAACAAGAGGAAGAAAAACCUGAAAAAUCAGUGAAAAUUAUGAGACGGCAGCAAUCAUACCCUCAAGGACAACUUAGAUCUGGAGAUUCAGAUAGUAAUUCUGAAGGUGAACGUAAACUUUUGACAAUCGAAGAGCGUGAAGCUGCAUAUCAAAAAGCUAGGGCCAGGAUAUUUAAAGAUUUGGAACAAAAAAAUGGGGAGAAUGAGCAGGAAGACACUGAUGGGUCUAUAAACUCGAGUCCUAGUGUAAAAAGUUCCAAUAUUCCAACUAGUAAUGAUAAUCAGAAUAGUGACUCAUCAUCCUCUAACAAGUCCAAAGGGAAUCAGCAACAGCAAAAUGGCAAAGGUGGGAACAACAAUAAGGGUGGUAAACAAUCACAGCAGGCAAAUAAGGCUGCAGGAAAUAACAAAAACUCUAAUAAUAAAAAUAAUGGAAGUAACGCAAAGAAUCGACAACAUCAUCCUGCAAGACCACAUUUGCCAAACCACUACAUGAACAUUCCUACUGAGUGGAACCCUACACUUGGUCAUUACACGCGACCAGGGGUUAGAAAUUUAUGGGGGACUGAUUCGUUUAACGGUCCUCAAGAAAUGAGUGGAAGCCCUUCUUUGUUCAAUCAUCAACAGAAUAAUCCAAAUCCGUUUUUACCUCCUCGAACAACGCCACAGAGUGAUACAAAUUUUGUUCAGAAUCAGACUCAAAAUAAUUUAAAACAUAUGAACCAAUUCCCUCAGAAUCCUUACGCACAUCCUCCAUAUACAGAAGGUAAUCACGUAAUGGCCGUAUCUUCAGGUGAUGGUAAUUCAAAUAAGUCGUCGGUUCGCGAAGGCAACGAAGGAAUUAAUGAAAAUAAAAUGAAUGAUCGUCAAUUGGAACAGAAAAGACCCAACAAUAGAAACUCGGUUAAUCAUCAAUCUCAACAACGUGACGGUCCGUUCUUUAAUCCUGUUUGGAAUAAUUCUUCCGAUUCCCAGACAAAUGUUUUUAAUCAAUCGCAAACAUCGAAUGAAUUUCCCGUUCAGAAUGCACCUGGAAUGUCCAUGAUGCCAUCCCACAUUUAUCCGGGGAUGAUCCCCCCUCCAAUGACUGGGCAACCAAUGGGACCUCGACGUAACAAUAACGGCAAUCAAAUAUUUCCCGGACCAGUUCCUCAAGAUUAUAUGCAACGUAUGGGUAUUGCACCACCACCUAUCAUGGGAUUCCCCCCCCAGCCAACACAGCCAAAUAUGACGACUACAGGUGCAAUAAGACCUCCAAAGUCAUCCGAACUAUUUGAUCCAAACAAUUCAAACAAUCUUCCCACAUCAACUGCUUUGAACACAGCCCCCUAUAAUAAAGUACCUGUUACUUCUUUACCGGUUAACAAUACUUCUCAAAUAUUAUCAAUUCCACCUACGAAUAUAUUAUCAUUACCCUCAAGACCUACUCAUCCAAUUUUAUCAUCUAAGAAUACGAACGAUAAUAGUAAUAGUAAUGCUAGCAACAAUUCUGUUGUAGAUGGUACUAUGAUGCGUUCUCUAAGCCUUUCAUCAAAUAGUAAUGGUAAUCACAACAAAAAGAAUAAGGAUGGUCCACUUUUAUUUGAUUAUUCUAUGCAAGUGCCAUAUGAAGGAGUAAAACCGAGUGAAGCCAAUGAACCACAAAAACCAAAUCAUAUACUUGAACUCUAUGAUUUUGGUGAAUCAGAUGAUCUUAUGAACAUUACAUUAACUAAUGCUAUCAUCAAGCGUGUAAGCCCUCCAAGCACUUCACCAAGUAAAAGGCCGACUAUUCUUGCAAUAUUUAAGAAUGCGCGUGAAGCGAACAAAGCAGUUCAAACUUUCAGGGGAGUUCGUUUUAAAAUUAAAACCUGGGAACCAUUAGUGAAAACAAACGUUAUAAAUAAUGGAGGUUCUCCGACAUCGACUGGACAGAUUUCAACUUCUAUAAAUUUGACACCAUCAAAAAAAUAA